AUGCAAAAAGUAAAAAGAAUAAUCAGAUACAUCGUGGUGCAUUGCACAGCAACUCCUCCAACGACAACCGUUGAGUCAAUAAAACGCUAUUGGAAGGAAGUACGCAAAUGGGGAGAUACACCGGGAUACCACUACAUCAUUUUAAGAGACGGAACAAUUGUUCAGUUGCUGGAUGAAAAUAAAAACAGCUAUGGUGUGUACGCUCAUAAUUCGGUGUGUAUCAGUGUUGCUUACAUCGGAGGAAUCGACAAAGACGGUAAACCAAUUGAUAACAGAACUCCUGCACAAAAACACGCCAUGUUCGAUAAGAUUGUCGAGCUGACAGAAAAAUACAAAGGAGCUGAAGUAAAAGGUCACCGUGACUUUGAUGGCGUAAAAAAAGCCUGCCCAUCCUUUGAUGUAAAAAAAUGGCUUGCCGAAUACACACCUGAUAUAGAUAACGCAGCAUAG